GAAGUCGUGCGCUCCCUGGUGUCCUUGUCGAACCAUCAAGCGCGCUUGGGACUGAGAGAGAGAGAUGAGGGGGGACGGGCACACGCCGUCAUCGGGGCUAAACGGUGCAGGGGAUGAGAGGGGCGCCGGAGGGAAGGCCAGGAAGCAGCCGCCGCGGAAGCCGCCGUCUAUUCCGUAUGCUAGGCCGCCGCAGCCGCCGAGCCAAGCCGAAGCGGAAGCUGGUGGCCGACGCCGCUGGCUAUCGAAGCUGGUUGAUCCGGCUUACCGCCUAAUUUCCAGCGGCGCCACACGGAUUAUCCCUUUGUUAUUUUCCAAACCAGCUUCCCCUAAUGCCCUUCCUUCGCCCACUGAUCAAGACCUCCUUGAACGAGAUGGUGGGUUUGAUGAUGGCAAAUGCACAUUAGAUCUUGGAUCAAACAGAUCAGCUGUAGUAGCAGCUUCUAGCGGAGCAGCGGUGAAUAGUGGUUCUGACUUUGAUGGGCACAAACAAGACAAAAAUGCUGACCUUUCUGAUGAUUACAGGCUUUUUGAAAUCGAAAAGCUGUUGAAAGGGAAAAGAUUUUCAAGGGAAGAAGUUAAUCAUUUGAAGGAGAUUUUGUCUUCUAGGGCUGUUGAUCUUAAUCCAAACAUGACUGCAGGAGGAGACCCUGCAGGGCUUGUAGUAGCGCAUGAAACUCCAAGAACUUCACUUGAAGAAAAAGAUUCAAAGAGAGCUCUAUGGGUGCGAGAUGAAGUUGGUGCUUCACCAGUUGAAAUUGCAAGAGCAUACAUGGGAAACAGAGUAUCUGAAAUAGGCCUUAGUUCUAAGCAUAUAACAUUAGAAGAUGAUAUGGCAUUACUACAGGGUGAUGAAUCUGCUGCAAAAUCAUUUAUUCCAUCACCUUCGCCUAAGCCAUCCGCAUGCUGGCCUGGUGCCAUGGCACAGGAUCAACAUGGUUAUUUGACCCCUCAAAGCCACAGAAGCAGAGUCGGGCUUGAUAACUUUCCCCGAACACCUUAUUCUAGAACUAUUUUUUCAAAGUCCAAGACCAGGAUCACUCAAUUACGAGGUGCUGGAAGUAGGGGCUUGAACAUUUCAUCUACUCCUUUGCAGCAAUCACAAACUCCUAUAUACGGACAGGUAAAAAGGAGUGAUGCGGAUAGUGACUAUGGAUCAGUGGGACCUAUACGGAAGAUAAGGCAUAAACCUCUUGCAAAUUCUUCUUCAAGAGGAUCUGCAUAUUUUCGUUCUUCUUUAGACGGUCCUUCACAGGUGGAAAAUUCUAAUUCUUCUGAAGGCUUCUUGCCUGCUGUCAAGAAAAAUAUGGUACUCGGAGGAACAAGUGGCACCCCAAACUCCAAGUCAUUAAACAGCAAGCCACACAGCUCUGAGGUGGGUGCUCCUAUGGUACAUCCACAUACUAAUCAGAUGGCUAGGAAGAUUUUGGAACAUCUUGAUAGAAGUCAUCCCACUCCUAAGGAUAAGUCUGCUGAGUUGGAGCGAGCCGCCACAUGGAAGAAACCUGAAUCUUCUGGUGUCACCUAUGUCAUGUCAAAUGAGCAUAAUAGCUUACCAAAUUUAGGAGAUUUUGAUUCUUCUAAGAAUAGAGAUCAAAUUGAACGGAAGAAUUAUGCGCAAAGGAUUGAAGAAAGGCGGAACUCUCGUUUUAAGGUUCCGCCUCAGGAGAGCACUUCUGAAGCUUCUACUGAUGCGAUAAAUAAAGGAAUUUUGGCUUCUUCAGUUACUAAACCAGUUUUGCCUUCCAUAUCUAUCAGCAAGCCCUACUCAAGGUGGCCGUUUACUUCAGAUACUAGUUCUGGGUUUACAUUCCCGGUUUCUUCCUCUGGAUCGGAGCCGCCAACACCAACCAUCACGCCAUCAUUCUCAGCCGGUGGUCCGCAGCAGCCAAAAGAGGAACCUACAGCUCCUUCGUAUAAUUUUGGCUCAAAAAGGUCUACUCCUGCCCUUGUUUUUUCCUUCCCUUCUACAAGCAGUGCUAACAUUCACGAAGAUGCUUUGGGUAUUAAGUUCAGCUUUGGAUCAGAUGAGAAUACGAGGUUAUCUUUCAGUUCGUUUGAAAAAGACGCUGUCUGCUUUUAAACUAAAACGACGACAUUUUAGGAUUUUUUGUUUUUUACCCUGUCUAUUGAUUUUACUCUAGUAAUUGAUUGUUUCUUAGGUAACGGAAGAAAAAGGCGUUCGAAGCAGAAAAUGGUACGUUUCAUCCAUUAAUACAUUAGUUCUUGUUACCCAUGUGACGCAUUAAUGAGUUUAUAAUGGAUAACUUUAACGGAGAUGAGUCAUGUCAUGGUCGGGAUUUAAUGCUGUUGUAUCAACGGUAUGAAAUUUAAAUAAUGACAUGGCAUCAUAUGCUCUGUUAGAUACAACAAUUUUAUUAUGAAA